AUGUUGAUGGCUGAGAGGAAGAGAAAGACUACCGAGGUAUUAUUUACCGGUAACUUCAAGCUGACAAAGUUAUACAAUUAUACGAGUAGAAAUCUCCAGUUCCAGACUACCUAG